UCCAGAUGGCUGGCCUAGAGUCAUCAGGGAUCAGCUUCUAGUUUAAGAAAUUCCACGGCCAACUUGUCAUCUUGCCUGGCUAGAGAGGGAGAGGAUGGCGCUUGCUCCCCGGUCGUCUCUUUGCUCGCUGGUGCUGCUCAUGUCGCAUGGGAAGCCCCAGCUGAGCGCUUUCUUCUCCUCCGCCGGCACCACCGCCGCGCCCAAGGCCGCGAAGCCUCCAGCAGCUCCAGCCGGUGAUAGUCCGGCCAUCGACCCUCCAGCCGCUGCAGGUACAGAUGCCAAGAUUUCGCCUGAAACUGAGGGUUCAUGUCACACGCUUGGACCUGAAGCUGACAAGAUUUCGCCCGGCGCCACCAAGGAUCCGGAGGGCACGGUACCCGAAGGCUCAUGCGACACACCUCAACCUGUAUCGGAUGAUCCUCCGUCUGGAGCUCGCAAAGACCCGAUGCACGGAGUUCCUGAAAACCCAUAGGGCCCGUGCGAUGCUAGAGAAGUUGAGAUUUUUCUUGUGUUCAUCACAUCCGGAUAUAGCAAUAUAAUUAUCCCUUAAUUGUA